AUGUCAGUAGCGAGAAGCGCCAGUCCCAUCAAGGGCUCUCUUCUCAGGAAAGAAAUUGCAUUUACCGCGAUAGAUUUUGAUAAAAACAAUAGUUCAUACAUUGAAGAAGAAGACAAGACUUAUAUAUAUAAUGAAAGUAGAGAUGGCGAGAGCUCUUCAGGUGAUGAAGACGACGAUGAUGAUGGGCGAUUAGACGAUGAGCGCGACGAAGGCGUUGUCGAAAUGACAUCUAGCAAAAGUCUCGAUACCGAAGUCGACGAAGAAGAUAGAGUAGGAUUUGGUGGAGGAAAAGGAGCAGGAGGAGGAAAAGGGGCAGGAGGAGGAACUGGAGCAGGAACUGGAGCAGGAGCUGGUGCAUAUGGUUCCAAAUCGCGUGUUGCCGCGCAGCAAGUGCAACAGGACCCCGUUGAAACAGCGCAGCUGUCGUCCCAGUUCAAGCUGUUCUUGGUCAGACACGAGAUUCCGAGAAAAGUGUUCCAUUCUUCCAUUGGGAUACUCACGUUGUGGCUCUACACUUUAGGUAUCGACACGAGCCAACUCAUAGUUCCCUUGUUGACAUGCUUCGUGCUCACUUUGCUCAACGAUUUCAUCAGAUUACGCAACCCUGAAAUCAAUAAAGUCGUGUGUCGCAACAUGUGGUUUAUCAUUCGGAAAAGCGAAUACAAUUCGUACAAUGGCGUGUUGUACUAUUUGGCGGGCUCGAUAUUGGUGUUGUAUUUUUGUCCCAAGGACAUUGCCGUGGUUAGUAUCUUGUUGCUCAGCUGGGCCGAUACUGCUGCAUCAACCGUUGGAAGACAAUUUGGCAAGUAUACCCCUAAAAUUGUCGAGGGAAAGUCGUUGGCUGGAUGUUUGGGCAGUUUGGUUGUGGGUAUAUUUGCAUCGUAUUUGUUUUACUCAUAUUUUGUGCCUCGGUAUUCCCAUGUUAACAGACCCGGUGAGAUUUACUGGUCUAGCGAACUGAGUUUUUUAAGCAUUCACGUUUGGUCGUUUUUGGUUGGUUGUAUCGCUAGCUUUUCCGAGUUUGUUGAUCUUUGGCACAUUGAUGACAACUUCACCAUCCCCGUUGUUAGUGGUACCUUGAUGUACUUGUUAGCUUUGGCAUCCCACAAAUAG